AUGACAGGAAGUUCAUGCAGAAACACAAAUGAUGAUUUGGAUCAUUCUGUCUUAGCCGUCGGUUACGGAGAAUUAUUUGGCGAGAAAUAUUGGUUAGUAAAGAAUUCAUGGUCUACUUAUUGGGGAAACGAUGGCUAUUUCCUACUUAGCCAAAAAGAUAACAACUGUGGAGCGGCAACNAACCAGCUUGUGAAUUUAACACUGGAAAUUCUUUCUAUCAAUACUAGAAGUCGUCGUAUAAAUUUUAUAAUAUCUCAUUAUUUUGCAAGAAACACAAAUGAUGAUUUGGAUCAUUCUGUCUUAGCCGUCGGUUACGGAGAAUUAUUUGGCGAGAAAUAUUGGUUAGUAAAGAAUUCAUGGUCUACUUAUUGGGGAAACGAUGGCUAUUUCCUACUUAGCCAAAAAGAUAACAACUGUGGAGCGGCAACAGAACCCACAUUUGUCGUUUUAACCGAUGACACUCAAUGA